AUGGCAGGUUCAAAGCGGCCGGCGCCAGUACCGCAGAAUGUUCUACGAUGGAACAAUUCGAAGUGGCGGAGCGGACCGUCACAGCACCAACCGACUGGUGCUAUGGGAGUUCCUACACUACUACAGUACAUACACUCGUGUCGGAGGAUACCUACAAGUCUAGAGCUUCAAAUGGAAAAACACUGGAUCCUUUUUCUUCUGCUUUUUACAGACUUUUCUGCUCUUCGGCACUACCGGCAGCUGCAUGGUCCUGACGUGGGGACCUCGAUAGGUAAGAUUACAUCUGAAGAUAUUGUGGGCUCAAUAUUCAUCGUGACGCUACGUCGAAGUAGUUGCAAAGAGAAGCUCCGUCAUAUCCACAACACGGGUAUGGCAGUCGAAGACUGGGCUUAUCAACUUUCGCUGAAUAUGGUUUCUUUGAUACGCGGGAAUGCAUUCUUUGUUUCCCGUCAACCUUGA